CUAAAGCUUGCCGAAGACCGAAUGCUUUGGGUAUAAAAGCCAAUGUCAGGAGAGCUGAAGACACCGAUUCCCGUUAAUCGAGCAUCGAAAGGUACAUCAUGCAGUCCCUGAAAGCCCUCGUCUUCUUCGCACUCGUUGCAUGCACCAUGGCCGUCUACACUGGCUACGGCGUCCCAGCCCUUGCCAGCUACGGCGUCCCAGCUGUAGCCAGCUAUGGCGUCCAUGCCCCACUCACCACUAGCUACGGUGUGAGCCACGCCGUCCCAGCCUACGGCUACGGUCUCGGCCUUGGAGGCUACCACUACGGUGGAUACCCAUACGGUGGAUACGGUGGAUACCCAUACGGUGGUCUUUACCUCAAGAAGUAGGCUUCUUUUUGAUGGUCUAACGGCACGCCUUUCAAAGUGAUGACCUGGCUUUCCCUUUUGGUUGAUGAUUGAAGACUACGGAUGCUGACACCUUGAUUACCUGAUUGGAUGGCGAUAGUCACGUUCCAAUAAAUUACCCGAUAAUUGAAACGUU